CUUGACAGCUUACUACACACAGCUCUCACUCGCAGAUUUCAUUCAUUCCGAAUUGAUUCUUGGUGGUUUUAAAGACUGCAAAAAAUACAUAUAAACUCUGUGAGAAUUAGUUUGUUGACGUAUUCACAAACACAUUUUGUUUGACUCAUCAACAUCUCUCCAUCCACGUAUUGAGUGAGUAUUAUAGGACAGGUGAUUGAUUUAGGGAAGAAUUGGGAAGAAGAAAUAGGGCGUGGGUGAAAUAUCAAUCAGUGUGGAUUUUGGGCAUACGGGAACAUAUUGCAAGGAAAGAAGACUGCAGGAUUUAGAAGGAAAAGUGGUGAAAGGAAGGGAGAAAGAAAAUGUCGACGUCCGGUGACUUUGGAAAUCCCUUGAGGAAAUUCAAACUAGUGUUUUUAGGAGAACAGAGUGUUGGAAAGACUUCCCUCAUUACACGGUUUAUGUAUGACAGUUUUGAUAAUACGUACCAGGCAACGAUAGGAAUUGAUUUUCUUUCAAAAACAAUGUAUUUGGAAGACCGCACCGUGAGACUGCAACUUUGGGAUACUGCUGGACAAGAAAGGUUUAGGAGUUUAAUUCCUUCCUAUAUUAGAGACUCCACUGUGGCCGUUGUAGUCUAUGAUAUCACAAAUGCCAAUUCUUUCCACCAAACAUCGAAAUGGAUCGAUGAUGUACGGACAGAAAGAGGAAGUGACGUGAUAAUAAUGCUUGUGGGGAACAAGACGGACUUAUCAGAUAAAAGACAGGUGUCAACCGAGGAAGGAGAAAGGAAAGCCAAAGAAUUAAAUGUCAUGUUUAUUGAGACCAGUGCAAAAGCUGGUUAUAACGUUAAGCAGCUUUUCCGAAGAGUUGCUGCAGCUCUACCCGGCAUGGAUUCAUCAGACAACAAACCAAGUGAAGGAGAAAUGACGGAAGUCAUUUUGAAGGACACGCCUGCUGAACUCAAAACUGAGGGUGGAUGCGCAUGCUGAAGAUGGAAUAACUGAGCAUAUUUUUAGAAUCAUCCAGAUCAAUUAUUAUGAUUAUUAAUUUCCAUUUUGUUCCACUGUAGUAUUGCGCUCGGAAUGUGUAUCGCGUCAUAAUAAUUUAUUUAAUCCUUAUCAAUCAAACCUUAUCUAAUUUAAUUUAGUCUUUUAAUUUGCUAAUUGUUCGGUUGUGGUAUGUUUAUAUUAACCAUAAUAUCAAAGGAUUAUUCCGAAAGAACAAUUAUCGAAACGUGUGAGCAAUUUUAUAAUCGUAUGUUUAAAUUUAUUCAUGAUACAUAUGUACCUAAUUAGAUGGGAUAGGCAAGAAACUUGAAAAAGUAUAUAUAAUUACAAUGUAUGUUUAAUCCUGAAUGUAAAACUGUGGUUGUGUUAGUAAAUGCUCCUUUCUGUAGUAGUUUUGUUUGGCUGGAACUUGAGUUUUAGUAAAAUAUUAAAGUACCUAUCGCUUAAUCGAAUUAAGAGCAAAUGUCGAAUAUGAAGUAGCAUGAUCCGUUUCACAAGUUAUUGUUCUCUUAAUUGAAGACGUUCAGGAGAAGUGUCCCCUUUUAAUAGCUUUUACAGCUUUAUAUCACGUUGUUUAAAAAUCUUUUUUUUCUUUCCACACUUACUACUCCAUCCAAUAUUGCCUAUUUUCAAUCACUGCUAAUUUACAUGCAGAACAAUAUUUAUACGUACAGUAAAUUGUGGGAUACUAUGUACUAGUUUUGUGCAGUUCGAUAUAAUAUGCUAAUUUCUUUGCAGCCGUGGAUCUGCAACAACAGGUGGGUAUUAAUCCGAUAUUAAUUAAAUUGAUUGUUAGUUGAUUAAUCAAUGAUCAAAAAUCAAUAAUUAACAUUUCGGUUUUCAUUUCGGUAACAGACUCCCAUGCAUCCAGACGCACAAGAAAAUGAAAGUGGGUGUAGCUGUUAAGUUAAACUAACAAAAUUAACUGCAGAAUGUAUAAUUAAUUAUACCCCUCUAAUUGCUUAUAAUCACCUGCAAUGAGUACUAUAGCAAUUAGGAUCCCUAAUACAUAAUAGCGUAGGGAAGCAACCAGUUACCAUAUUGUACCAAAUUUAUGAUUUAAGUAAUACAUAAAUGCUUUACAUAUACCAUAUCGUCCAUACGAUUUUUGACUAAUACCUCGUUUAUGUGGAGGUAAGCCAAAAAGUGAUUUAUUAUGAAGGCUAAAGGUAACGUUUUUGGAGUUUGGUAUAGUAGUGUACGAAUAAUGAUGAUGUCUGUUGAUCUGUGCCACAUACGAAUAGCUUGAUGACUGUAAUGACUGUCACCUUUAAAUUGAAACCUAGUGCAUAUAUUGAAUGGUUGGUGAAUGAGAAGGGAAAUUAUUUUAACAAUU